ACAUCUCUGGCUUCCUUCAUACCAAGACAGGGAAGGAACACCACUUUCCAGAGAAAGAAUGAGUAACAUUGAAGGGUCCCCAGGAAGCUCCAUGCAUGGAGUCACAGGCCGAGAACAAACCUUUGCCUUUUCAGUGGCUUCCCCAAUCGUCCCAACUGACACCUCUGCUAACUUUGCUUUACCGGUCGAUUCUGAGCAUAAGGCCAAGGUUUUCAAGAUCCUUUCCUUUGCCAAUCCUCAUAUGAGAACCUUUCACCUCUCUUGGAUCUCCUUCUUCACUUGUUUUGUUUCCACUUUUGCCGCUGCUCCUCUUGUCCCCAUCAUACGCGACAACCUCAACCUUACGAAAGGAGACGUUGGAAAUGCUGGAGUGGCUUCUGUUUCAGGAAGCAUUUUCUCCAGGCUAGUAAUGGGUGCAGUUUGUGACCUGUUGGGGCCACGGUAUGGGUGUGCUUUCCUUGUCAUGCUAUCCGCCCCAACCGUCUUCUGCAUGUCCUUUGUGUCAUCAGCAGGAGGCUACAUAGCUGUUCGGUUCAUGAUCGGAUUCUCCCUGGCCACCUUUGUGUCUUGCCAGUACUGGAUGAGCACCAUGUUUAAUGGUAAGAUCAUUGGUCUUGUCAAUGGAACGGCCGCUGGGUGGGGAAACAUGGGUGGUGGAGCAACUCAGCUCAUAAUGCCAAUUCUGUAUGAGGUAAUCUGCAGAGUUGGUUCCACUCCAUUUACUGCCUGGAGGAUUGCAUUCUUCAUUCCAGGGUGGCUUCAUGUGAUCAUGGGGAUCUUAGUCUUAACUCUUGGCCAAGACCUACCUGAUGGGAACCUCAGCACCCUGCAGAAAAAGGGAGAUGUGUCCAGAGAUAAGUUCUCUAGGGUUUUCUGGUAUGCCAUCACGAACUAUAGAACAUGGAUCUUUGUCCUGCUCUAUGGCUACUCCAUGGGUGUAGAGUUGUCCAUUGAUAACGUAAUUGCAGAAUAUUUCUAUGAUAGGUUCAAUCUCAAGCUACACACUGCCGGAAUCAUUGCCGCCACCUUUGGCAUGGCCAACCUCGUGGCCCGCCCCUUUGGUGGAUACAGUUCAGACUUAGCAGGCCGAAGAUUCGGCAUGAGGGGCAGGCUAUGGACCCUUUGGAUCCUCCAAACUCUUGGAGGGGUAUUCUGUAUCUGGCUCGGCCGUGCCAAUUCACUUUCCAUUGCAGUCUUGGCCAUGAUGCUCUUCUCCGUUGGAGCUCAGGCCGCAUGUGGAGCAACUUUUGGCAUUGUUCCUUUCAUUUCUCGACGAUCUUUGGGCAUAAUAUCUGGCCUAACCGGUGCAGGUGGGAACUUUGGCUCCGGACUGACCCAGUUGGUGUUCUUCAGCUCCUCAAAAUUCUCCACAGCAACAGGCCUCUCCUUAAUGGGGGCCAUGAUUGUCGCUUGCACUCUUCCCGUGACAUUGGUGCACUUCCCACAGUGGGGAAGCAUGUUCCUCCCACCUUCAAAGGACGUGGUAAAAGGUACUGAAGAACACUAUUACGAGUCCGAGUGGAAUGAGGAGGAGAAGCAGAAGGGUAUGCACCAGGGAAGUCUCAAGUUCGCGGAGAACAGCCGGUCAGAGCGUGGCCAACGCGUUGCCUCAGCACCAACCCCUCCCAACUCUACACCAUCCCAUGUUUAGCUCACAGGUCUAGAUCAACGUGCAUGCAAGUGAAACCCAAUAAAAACCAGAGGCUGUGCACUUGUGAUACAUCUUUCCCCUUUAGAAUCUUCUGUAUUUUACUUUCACCUUUUUCAUUUUAACUGGUGUUCUUUUGUAUGAAUCAUAAUCUUGCUGAUAUAUCCAUAUAGAGGAUUCU